AACCAUGGGGGUAGGGCUACGCAGCCAGUCCUGGCGAGGACCCUGGCCCUCCUAUGGCAAGCUCCAGGAGUCCUGGGGGAGGCCCCUGGAGGGCCGACGUCGCCGGGCGCUGAGCCUCAGACGGGGGUGUGAGAAGACUAGGUCCUCAGAGAGAGGCCCAGAAGGGCUGGAUGUCCCCGGUCAGGAGUGGCUGCCGGGGAGCCUGGGGGACACGGAGCAGCUGAUCCAAGUUCAGCAAAGAGAAAACCAGCGAUGCAUGAGGCAGUAUCAACAGCAGGUAAGGAGAAGGUGGCAGCGCUUUGUCGCCAGCUUCCCCAGCGUGACCCUGAGCUGGCCGGCCUCCCCAUAGCCCCCGCUGGGCACCAUCAACUAAGGAUGCUGGAAGUGGUGGGGGCCCCUCCUGUGCCCAGGGGAGAUGGGCAUGUCUUCUGACUGAUCUCUUUGCGGCCCUUCUGGACUGUGGAUGGUGCGGCCUCCUACAUGGACUGCUCCGGCCUGCCUACGUGGCCUGCCACCAGCUCACUUGAGGCCCCUGUGGUUGCACCUCGACUCUGGCCCUCUGCUCCAAGGCUCGCUCACAGCAAGGGCCCCAACAGGGCUGCGAAGGAGGGGGCUCAGCUCUGCCUGCUGGUGGUCUCUGCCCUCCAGGCGUGGGGGUCCCUCCUGACAUGUAUGAAGGUCUUAGAAACCUGCCCAGAAGUGGGAGUGUCAACGCCCCCGGCCCCACGCAAGACCAGUCAUAAGCUUCCAGGCUGGAGCUCAGUGAAGCCAGACCUGUGGCUGAGAGGCUCUCACACAUCACCCGGUGGCCAGGCCAUGCCCCUCUGCCCUUCUGCCAGCAGCUAGUGGUGGGCGUGGCAUGGGCCUCCCUCCCGGAUGGAGAGCCCCCCUAGGCAAGGACCACGUCUGGGUCUGGGGGGACCUCACUGCUGGCGCUCUGUGGCUGAAAGGCCUGGGCCUGCGUAUUGUCACUUCCAUCCUCACAGUAUCCCGGUGAUGGGAGCAGAGGAAGCCUUCCCUCCCCGUGUGACAGAGGGGGAAACUGAGGCCCAGAGUAGG